AUAGGGCCACAAAUUAAUUAAUAUAUAUAUAACAACUUAUAAUAAAUUAAUUGUAUAAAUAGAGCAUUGUGUUAUGUAUAUAUACAACAACAACAUAGAGAGGUAUUCACAACACAAUUAUAUAUUCUCUUAAUUUCUCAAUGGAAAUCCAAAAUAAUAAUAUGAGAUUUUUAGAGAAUAAGACAAUUUUAGUGACUGGAGCAGCUGGAUUUCUUGCAAAACUUUUGGUGGAGAAAAUACUAAGAGUUUCGCCAAAUGUGAAGAAGAUUUAUCUUCUUUUAAGGACUUCUGAUACUAACUCUGCAAGACAUCGUAUGCAUAACGAGGUUAUAGAAAAAGAAGUGUUUAGGGUUUUAAGGGAAGAAAGAGGGAAAGAUUUUGAUGAAUUUAUAGAGCAAAAAUUAGAAGCAAUUGGUGGAGACAUUUCAUUUGAAGACCUCAGAAUUGAAGAUAUUCAUUUAAGGCAUCAAAUUUGGGACAAUUUAGACAUUAUUAUCAAUUCUGCAGCAACAACCGAUUUUUAUGAAAGAUAUGACUAUUCAUUGUCAAUUAAUACAAUGGGAGUGGUUCACAUCUUGAACUUUGCCAAGAAAUGUCGUAAAAAAAUCACUCUUCUUCAUAUCUCUACCGCUUAUGUGUGUGGAGAAGUAGAAGGAGUUAUAGAAGAGAGAGCCUUUGAAAUUGGAGGAACACUAAAGAAAAGUAGGUCAUCCAAUAAUAAUAAUAAUAAUAAUAAUAAUAAUAAACUUGAUUUUGAAUUGGAAAAACAACUUGUCCAACAAAAAUUGUAUCAACUUCAACAACAACAAGCUUCACAACAAACAAUUACUACCACAAUGAAAGAAUUUGGCAUUCAAAGGGCAAAGCUAUUUGGAUGGCCAAAUACAUAUGUGUUUACUAAAGCAAUGGGAGAAAUGUGCUUAGAACAAUCCAAAUUAGAUGAUCUCUCCAUCAUUAUUAUACGCCCAACUAUGAUUACAAGCACUUAUAAAGAACCAUUUUCUGGCUGGAUUGAAGGUUUGAGAACUGUUGAUAGCGUAAUUAUUGGUUAUGCCAAAGGAAAAGUUACAUGCUUCUUAGGAAAUCCCAAGUUGAUACUUGAUUUGAUCCCAGCUGACAUGGUUGUGAAUGCCGUUUUUAUGGCCAUACAAGCUCAAGAUAAAAAGGACUCGGGAAUUAUUUACCAAGUUGGAUCUUCAAUGCGAAAUCCUAUAAAUAUUUCUCAGAUUUACAACUCGAGCUUUCGUUACUUCACUGAAAAUCCAUUGAUUAGCAAGAUUGACAAAAAACCCAUCAGAGUUGGCAAGCUCACAUUUUUUAAAACCUUGACUACUUUCCAAAUCUACCUCACUAUUCGAUUCAUCUUACCUUUGAAGAUAUGGUACCUAAUUAGUAGAGUAAUAUGGUAUGGAGAUAGCAAGGACAAGUAUAGUGAAUACAUGAAGAAGAUUAAUUCAGUAAUUCAUUUGGUACAACUUUACAAACCAUAUGUCCUAUUCAAUGGCAUAUUUGAUGAUUUAAACUUGGAAAGGCUAAGGCAAAAUGCAAAGGAUGAAAGUGAAGAUGAAGCAUUAUUAUUAAAUUGUGAUCCAAAGUGUAUUGUUUGGGAAGAUUACAUGAUCAACACUCAUAUUCCUGGCCUCUUAAACUAUGUUUAUUACAAAUAAUUAUUAUAUGUAUUAAGCUUAAUCAUAACACUACUCUACUAUAUAUAUCUAUACUAUCAUAUUGUGUUUAUUUUUAUAUAUUAUUGAAACCAUAUUUCUAUAAUAUUAUGUUGUAUUUUAUUACUUUGUUUAUUUGAAGACGAUAUACAUAAUAUCUGUGUACUGUUCGAGU